CCAAUGGACCUAGAAGCGGUGGUGGGAUUGGAGGAGCAGCUGCUAGCACAGGGCCAUGCCGAGGGAUACCAGGACGGCUUGCGAUUGGGACGGCAAGAGGGGAGAGAAACGGGUUGGGAGCAUGGGUUUGGGAUAGGGGACGAGCUGGGCUUCAUGUGGGGCUGUGCAGCCGCGUGGGAGCAAGUCAUCCAAUCAGCCCCCUCCAGACGAUUCUCCCCCAGGGCAACCAAAGCCGUGCAGCAGCUGCAGCAGCUCAUUUCCGACUUCCCCGUUACCAACCCCGAA